GAUGACUUCCUUCACAUGGCACCCAACGUGGAGGUGCUGACCAUGAAUGAGACCGACCCCAAGAGCAUCAUCAAGAGCAUCUGCGACCUGAUGACAGAGCACUGGCUGCAGGGCGUGGUGUUCGGGGACGACACCGACCAGGAGGCCAUCGCCCAGAUCCUGGACUUCAUCUCGGCCCAGACCCAUAUCCCCAUCCUCGGCGUCCGCGGUGGCUCCUCCAUGAUCAUGGCUGCCAAGGAUGACAACUCCAUGUUCUUUCAGUUCGGUCCCUCCAUCGAGCAGCAGGCUUCAGUCAUGCUCAACAUCAUGGAGGAAUACGACUGGUACAUCUUCUCCAUCGUCACAACAUACUACCCAGGUUACCAGGACUUUGUCACCAAGAUCCGUAGCACCAUUGAGAACAGCUUCGUGGGCUGGGAACUGGAGGAAGUUUUGCUACUCGACAUGUCAGUAGACGAUGGAGAUUCGAAGAUCCAGAACCAGCUGAAGAAACUGCAGAGCCCUGUCAUACUUCUCUACAGCACAAAGGAGGAGGCCAACCUCAUCUUCGAGGUGGCCCACUCUGUCGGGAUCACAGGCUAUGGCUAUACCUGGAUAGUGCCCUCGCUGGUAGCUGGAGAUGCUGACGUGGUGCCUGCAGAGUUCCCCACAGGUCUGAUCUCAGUGUCUUAUGACGAGUGGGACUAUGGCCUGGAGGCCCGCGUCCGUGACGGUGUGGCGGUCAUUGCCAUGGCAACCUCCACCAUGAUGAUGGACCGCGGGCCUCACACGCUGCUGAAGUCCGAGUGCCACGGAGCUCCCGACAAGAAGACCCCCAUCUCAGGCAACCCCAACGAAGUGCUCAGGUACCUGAUGAAUGUGACAUUUGAGGGGCGUAAUCUGUCGUUCAGCGAGGACGGAUACCAGAUGCACCCCAAGCUGGUCAUCAUUCUGCUCAACAAGGAGAGACAGUGGGACAGGGUGGGUAAAUGGGAAAAUGGCUCCCUAUCUAUGAAGUACCACGUGUGGCCUCGCUAUGAACUGUAUGGGGGGGCAGCGACCAGGGAGGAUGACCACCUGUCCAUCGUGACCCUGGAGGAGGCCCCGUUUGUCAUCGUGGAGGAUGUGGACCCUCUGAGCGGGACGUGCAUGAGGAACACCGUACCCUGCCGGAAACAACUCAAAACAGUCAAUCAGACAAAGGAUUCAGGGAUCUACAUCAAGCGCUGCUGUAAGGGAUUCUGCAUCGACAUUUUGAAGAAGAUUGCCAAGUCGGUCAAGUUCACUUACGACCUCUACCUGGUGACCAACGGCAAACAUGGCAAGAAGAUCAACGGAACGUGGAAUGGCAUGGUGGGAGAGGUGGUGUUGAAGAAUGCUCACAUGGCGGUGGGCUCCCUGACCAUCAACGAGGAGAGGUCGGAGGUCAUCGACUUUUCAGUGCCCUUCAUUGAGACGGGCAUCAGUGUCAUGGUCUCCCGUAGCAACGGCACCGUCUCACCUUCAGCCUUCCUAGAGCCCUUCAGUGCGGAUGUGUGGGUGAUGAUGUUCGUGAUGCUGUUGCUGGUGUCAGCAGUGGCUGUGUUUAUAUUCGAGUACUUCAGCCCUGUGGGCUACAACCGCUGUCUGGCUGACGGCAGAGAGCCUCACGGUCCGUCCUUCACCAUCGGCAAGGCCAUCUGGCUGCUGUGGGGUCUGGUGUUCAACAACUCUGUGCCCGUGCAGAACCCGAAAGGCACCACCAGUAAGAUCAUGGUGUCGGUGUGGGCCUUCUUCGCUGUCAUCUUCCUGGCCUCCUACACGGCCAACUUGGCUGCCUUCAUGAUCCAGGAGGAGUACGUGGACCAGGUGUCUGGUCUCUCCGACAAAAAGUUCCAGAGACCCAACGACUUCUCGCCGCCAUUUCGUUUUGGCACCGUCCCCAAUGGAAGCACAGAGAGAAACAUCAGGAACAAUUAUCCAGAGAUGCACUCCUACAUGGUCAAAUUCCAUCAGAGGAACGUCAACGAGGCGCUGCAGAGUCUGAAGACUGGCAAACUGGACGCUUUCAUCUACGAUGCGGCUGUGCUGAACUACAUGGCUGGCAGGGAUGAGGGCUGUAAGCUGGUGACCAUCGGUAGCGGCUACAUCUUUGCUACCACCGGGUACGGGAUCGCGAUCCAGAAGGAGUCGCUCUGGAAGAGACACGUGGAUCUGGCAAUCCUGCAGCUCUUUGGAGACGGUGAGAUGGAGGAGCUGGAGGCCCUGUGGCUGACGGGCAUCUGCCACCACGAGAAGAACGAGGUGAUGUCCAGCCAGCUGGACGUGGACAACAUGGCCGGUGUCUUCUACAUGCUGGGCGCCGCCAUGGCUCUGUCGCUCAUCACCUUCAUCUGUGAGCACUGGUUCUACUGGCAACUGCGCUUCUGCUUCAUGGGCGUGUGCUCCGGCCAGCCCGGCUUCGUCUUCUCCAUCAGCAGGGGCAUCUACAGCUGCAUUCACGGGGUCCAGAUUGAGGAGAAGAGCAGCUCGGCAUUGAACUCCCCAUCAGCCACCAUGAACAACACCCAUUCCAACAUCCUGCGCCUCCUCCGCACUGCCAAGAACAUGGCCUCCCUGUCUGGAGUUAACGGCUCACCUCACAGCGCUCUGGACUUCAUCCGCCGCGAAUCCUCCGUCUACGACAUCUCCGAACACCGACGCAGCCUGGCAGGCCACUCAGACUGCAAGGCUCCGUACAUGCCAGAGGACAACAUGUUCAGCGACUACAUCAGCGAGGUGGAGAGGACGUUUGGCAACCUCCACCUGAAGGAUAGCAAUCUGUACCAGGACCACUACCUGCAUCACCACACCGGCUCCGCUCUCGGGCUCAGCGGACCUCCGCCCAACAGGCCGCACAGUUUGGGCAGCGCUAGUUCUCUGGAGGGCGGCAUGUUCGACUGUGACAGCUUGGGCGGAGGGGUCGCCCCUAUUUUCACAACCCAACCCCGCUCAGCGCUGACCCACAGGAACAUGAGCAAGUUUGACCUGCUGUCUGGACAAACGCCGCCCCCGAGUCAGGGCUUCAAGGGAGGCCUGCCAGACCUCUACGGGAAGUUCUCUUUCAAGGGAGGAGCCUCAAGUUCAAGUUACAUCCCGGGCCACAGCUACUGCGGAGGGAGAGGAGAUGACGAGGGGAAUAUACGCUCAGAUGUCUCGGACAUUUCCACGCACACAGUAACCUACGGAAACCUUGAAGGCAACGCCAAGAAGCGCAAGCAGUACCGUGACAGCCUGAAGAAGAGGCCGGCGUCGGCCAAGUCCAGACGGGAGCUGGACGAGAUUGAGCUGGGCUACAGGAGGAAGCCCUACCACAUCAGCCACCACCACUACCAUGGCCACCGCUCUGCCUCCCCGCCGCUACUGCCCACUGAACGAGGAGGGAAUAAUGGUGGGAAUUCUUAUCUAUUCAGAGACAAGGAGAGCGUCAGGGAUUUUUAUUUGGACCAGUUUCGACCCAAAGAGGGCGUCCCUCAGUGGGAACAUGUGGACCUGACGGAUGGCCCUGGGGGCAGAGAUGGAGGAGUGGGCGGGGGGACCUGCACCUCCUUGGUUCCAGUGGACGACUUCCUGAAGAGCAAACCCAAGAAACAAGAUUCAAAGAGUGGCGGAGGCACCGGGCUGGCAGGGGGAGAUUGGGAGUGCCGAAACUGUCGGUCUGGCGGCGGAGGAGGGGGCAAGCAGAUGUCCCUGCAGGGGGGAGGGGGUGGUGGAGGGAGUAUCAGUGGCGGAUAUGGUGGAAGUAUUUGUGGGUCCUCAGGUGGGGGAAACAGCCGCCCCAGCUCCGCCACCUGCAUGCGCUGCGAGGGCUGUAAAAAGACAGGCAACCUCUACGAUAUCAGCGAGGACAACAACCACCUCUUGGAACAGAUGGGGGGAGGGCAAGGUGGGGGAGGAGGAGGGAUGGGUGCAGGCCCCCAGUCUCAAUCUCAGGCCCAGCAGCGGAGGAAAGCUGCAGGAUUCGGCAAGCCGCUUAGGCGGCAGCACUCCUACGACGCAUUUGUUGACCUGCAGAAGGAGGAGUCAGGUGGAAUGGGGAGUUUGAUGGGAGGUAUAGGAGGAGGUGGAGGGAUGGGUGGUGCGGGUAUGGGAGGGAUGCUGCCCCCACCCAGGAGUGUUAGCUUGAAGGAGAAAGAGCGUUACAUGGAGGGCGCCAGCCCCUUUGCACACAUAUUUGAGCGUCACGGGGGUUCGGAGAGAGAGAGGGAAAGAGACAGGGACCCGCUGUUUUACGGAGGUGAUAGUCAGAAAGGAGCCGGCUCGCCGUUCAGCCUGUUCAGAGGCGGUGAGGGACUCCACCGUCGCUCUAUAGGAGAGAGAGACAUGAGAGACAGGGAUAGAUCUUUGAUGGAAGGAGGAGGUGGCGCUGGAUUCUCCUUAUCCAAAUCUCUUUACCCCGACCGGGUAAACCAAAACCCCUUUAUACCCACUUUCGGUGAUGAUCAGUGUCUGAUGCAUGGAGCCAAACAAUAUUACAUGAAAAAGCAACAGCAACAGCAGCAGGUCGGCCAAAACAGCCGAAGUGACUUCAGGGGCCCAAUGGGCGUGACGUCUUAUCUGCCAGCGUCAGCCACGGCCGGGGUGAUGUCCAAUGUGACCCCCCGGUUCCAAAAAGAGCUCAGUUUGGGCGGGAUGAACCACCACGGCUCCAUGCUGGGGGUCGGCCCACCACGUCCUUUCAAUGGAAGCAACGGCCAUGUGUACGAGAAACUCUCAAGCAUUGAGUCUGACGUGUGA